AUUGCAAUCUGCAAACCCUUAAGAUAUUCCAUGAUUAUGAACAAAGCCCUGUACAACCAGUUAGCAGCCUCAUGCUGGAGUGGUGGUUUCCUCAAUUCAGUGGUGCACACAGUAUUGACAUGCCGCUUGCCCUUCUGUGGCAACAAUCAGAUUAAUUAUUUCUUCUGUGACAUCCCCCCUUUGCUGAUCUUGUCUUGUGGGGACACUUCCGUCAAUGAGUUGGCAUUGCUGUCCAUUGGAGCCUUCAUUGGUUGGGCUCCUUUCCUGUGUAUUGUUCUUUCUUACAUUUAUAUAAUUUCCACCAUCUUGAGGAUCCACUCCUCAGGGGGGAAACAAAAAGCCUUUUCUACAUGUACCUCCCACUUGAUCAUUGUUCUUCUCUAUUAUGGCAGUGCCAUUUUCACAUACGUACGGCCCAUCUCAACUUACUCACUGGAGAAAGACAGACUGAUCUCAGUAUUGUAUAGUGUUGUUACCCCCAUGCUAAACCCUAUAAUUUAUACAUUGAGGAAUAAGGACAUAAAAGAAGCUAUGAAAACUGUAGGGAGCAAGUGGAAGCCAAGAAUUCCCUCAUUUGAUAUAUAA